AUGCAGGGGUACAUACAUAAAUACAAUUUGUAUAAUAUUGAAAGUACUGUUUGUUUAUUCUUUGCAGGAUCUUUAUUAUUAACAACGAUUACAAAGUGUAUGCUAUUGAGAUCUGUUAGAAAAAUGCACGUAAAAGCUAUUAAAAUGAGAUGGGCCACUGGUGGCGAUAACUAUUGUUACUUACUAAGUACACACGACAAGAAGGAUUCGUGGAUUAUUGACCCUGCUGAGACUCUCGAAAUAUUGCCAAAGCUUGAUCAAGAUGAAAUGAAAAGUAUUAGAGCUAUUGUGAAUACACAUCAUCAUUAUGAUCAUUCGCAAGGAAAUUUAAAUAUGGUUCGUGAAUUGAAAAAUGUUGCUAACGAAUCAGUUACAAUUGUUGCGGGUUCGAAAGCAUCUCAAGGUGCUACUGAAUUGCCACGCCAUGGUCAAAAAUACACAUUGGGUGAUCUUGAGAUUAUUGCCAUCAGAACCCCAUGCCACACCCAGGACUCUGUUUGUUAUUAUGUAAGAGAUCCUCAAACUAAUGAACAUGGUGUCUUUACUGGUGAUACAUUAUUUACUGCAGGAUGUGGUAGAUUCUUCGAGGGAACAGGUUCUGAAAUGGAUAGUGCAUUAAAUAAGACACUGUUACAAAGUGUCGGUGAACCAAAUUGGGGGUUGACAAAAGUUUAUCCAGGUCAUGAAUACACAAAGGGUAAUGUUAGAUUUGUGCGUGAUGCUAUAUAUAAGAGUCAAGGUGAAAACAGAGCGUUAGAUGAAUUGGAAAAAUUCGCAGAUACUCAUACAGUGACUACAGGGAAUUAUACCUUGAAUGACGAAUUGGCAUUUAACCCAUUUAUGAGACUUGAUGACCCAUUUGUUAGACAAGCUGUAGGUGAUGGAUCUGGAGGGUGGGAAAGAUCUAAAGUGAUGGAUAAAUUGAGAGAAAUGAAGAAUUCCAUGUGA